ACUUUGAAGAAAAACAUGUCAAACCGUCAAACUGAUCGACAAACAGGAACCCAUGAAAAGGGUAGUGGUGGUGGUGGGGGGUUAGGAGCUCCAGGAUCCACGGGUGCAUCCGGAGCCCGUGAUCCAUUAGGAGCACCUGGGUCAACUGGAGCAUCCAUGACUAACAAAGGGGCACCCGGGUAUGACCCAACAGCUUAUGGACUUGAUACCGGUGGUCAACAACAACAACUCCACCGCGUUGCUGGUGAUGAGGGUGCUGGGAAACAACACGGAACCACCACCGGCGGCGGGCAGCACCGCACAGACGCGGGUGUAGGCACUGGGCAAGGGUACACUUACGGGACAGCAGGAAGCAUGGGACAAACUGGUACAACAACAGGGUACCAUGCUGGAGUUCAUGUCCCCCACUCCACCGGUAGCGGCGGUGGGGAGCAGAAGCAGCAGCUACACCGCACGGAACACGGUGGAGGGGAUACCGGAAGGGCGGGCCUCGGAGGUGUUGGCGAAGGAUACGAUACAGGGAUGGGUGGCGGAAUCGGAGGAGGACAACGAGAGGUGAGAACUGAUACUGUGAUUAUUGAAAGUGUUGGUGUUGGAGGUGACAUUGGGAAUGAUACAGGGGAAAUGGACCAGUGGGCAGCCCGUGGAGUCGGUGGAGAGGGUAAAGGAACUCACGGUGGAUAUGAUACUAGAGGGCAACGUAGAGGAUGAAGAGGCAAAAGCACCGUACAACUGAAACUAUAAACUGUUUGACAUCAGUAUUCUGUAGUAGAUAGAUUUCCUUUCUGUUUUUAUUUUCUGAAUAAUAAUGAGUAAUACUUCGAACUUUGUAGGAA